AUGGCAGAAAUACAGCAGGCUUCUGGACUGAAUCCAGGUCGACUUCAACCCCUGAGAGGAGAAUCUGAUGGUAUGACCAGCCACCCGCCGCAUCGCCGCUGCUGCCACCGCAUCGCCACCACCAUCGUCGCCCGCCGCAUCACCACCACCAUUGCUGCCGCCACAUCGCCCGCCACAACGAAGAAAUGCACCGCACCUGAGAACCAGGCCAUGAUUUCAAGAUAUCACAGGGGCUCUGUUUACCUGGUUCUCAGGAGCGCCGUGUUUCCUGGUCACGGCGGGCUAUGCAGCAACGCGGUAGUGGCACGGCAAGCGGUGAUGGCAGCAGCACAGCAAGCAACGAUGGUGGUGGCAAUGCAGUGGCAGCAAUGCACAGCAGGAAAAAUUGGCAAGAUGAACAAUAGUUACAGUCGUGUAGGCUGUGGAGAUGAUGUAGUCUGUGGUCAGAACGCUGAUGCUCAUAUUGAAUCCACCUGCGAGUGUUCCACAGGAUAUGUUAUGGUGUUUCGAUCUAAUGAGAGCUAUUGUAAAGGUAGUGGGCCCACCGGACACAUUAGAUAUGAGCGGAGAGCUGGGAAAAUGCCAAUCUUGGAAUAUGAAGAUGAUGAAGGCACUGAAUCAAGUGGUGGUGGUAGCAGAGGUGAUAUAGGCUGUAGUUCUUACACAUCACAUUAUACUACAUUUAUAUGUGUCUGUCAGGAAGGAUACCGGGUGGCAUAUCAUUCUAAUGAGCCCCACUGUGAAAAAAUUCCAUUUCACUGCCAAUCAGAGAAUAACAUUGUAAAGAUGUGUUUGAAUGCAACAACGUCAGAUUAUUGCUCCAUGGUGAAAUCCACCUUCCACGUCUUGAAUUCUGCCUGUAAAAAUGAUAAUUCCACCACAACUUCCUUGGAGGACACAGCAGUCUCUUUUGAAAAAUAUUUUGUCAACAGUUCCCUCCAGAGUAUCAAAGUUAAGGAGGAUCUUGUAUCAGCUGUGACCUUCGUUCUGCAAGGACUAGGCUCAACGGCAGUAACAGCAGCUCUUGCAUCACCAGAGAAACAACCCCAAACUGUGGUUACUGAGUCAAUAGUGAUCCAAACAAAUCUCAUCAAUGAAGAGUCCAUUUCAAAAAAUGAAACAUUCAGGCUAGAAGCCCGAGGAGAGCAAAUGGCCAUUCAUCCCAGAGCACUGACUGAUGGGACCACCAAAGGCCCUCUUGCUGUGGCUUUUAUAUCAUAUGGUGGGCUGAAAUCACUCCUGGGAGAGAAUUUCUUGCAAAAUGGGACCCUGCUCAGCAAUGAAAUGCUAAAAAGCAUUCGUGUGAAUUCCAGGGUGGUUAGUGCUUCCACCAGCAACUCUGCAAUGAAUAUUUCCAGCCCAGUCAAGCUCACUUUCCAUCACCUUGAGAAAAAUGAUCCCCAAGAGAAGGUUAUGUGUGUCCACUGGAACUCUGCAAGCAGGGGAGGUGCCUGGUCCUCUAAAGGUUGCCAGCAUCUCCGUUCUAAUGGCACUCAUUCAACAUGCAGCUGUCGGUUCUUGCCCAACUUUGCUAUGCUGAUGGCCAUCACUCCUACAGAGGGAGAUCUAGUCCUCUUCAUUAUUGGCCAAGUUGGAUUGAUCAUCUCGCUCAUCUUCCUCUUCCUGACUAUUGUCACAUUUCUCCUCUGCCGCUCCAGCCGGAACAACAGCACGUUCAUCCACCUCCAACUGAGCUUGAGCCUCUUCUUUGCUGACCUCCUCUUCAUAAUUGGAUCAGACAAAACACAUAAUAAGAUCCUGUGCUCGAUCAUAGCUGGAAUGCUACAGUAUCUCUUCCUGGCCUGUUUUGUGUGGAUGUUCUUUGAGGGUGUGAAUCUCUUCCUCAUUGUCAGGAAUCUGAAAGUUGCAAAUUACACUGGUGCCAGCAAGUAUGUGAAGACAUCCAUGUACGUUGGUAGUUAUGGGAUUCCUGCCAUGAUAGUGGCCAUUUCUGCAGCAAUUGAUCCCGGGGCCUAUGGAACUCCUUAUCAGUGCUGGCUUAAUUUUGAAAAGGGUUUUAUCUGGAGCUUCCUAGGACCUGUCUGUGCCAUAAUUGUGAUCAACUUAUUGUUUUACUGCCUUAUCCUGAAGAAUUUGCAUGAAAAACUUGCAUGUCUCAAUGCAAAUAUAAGUGCCGUCAGAAAUACCAGGUUACUUACAUUUAAGGCCGUAGCCCACGUGUUCAUCCUGGGCGUGACUUGGUGCUUAGGCCUCUUUCAGUUUGGCCCAGCGGCUAUGGUUAUGGCAUACCUGUUCACCCUGACCAACAGUGUGCAGGGAAUCUUCAUCUUCCUGGUGCACUGCUUGCUCAACAAAAAGGUGAGAGAGACAUACUGGCAAUGGAUUUCUUGCAGCAGCAAAGAUAUCAAGCCUCCUGUUACUGAGAUGACUCUGAGUUCUGUUCCCAUCAGCAGUGCCACGAAAAAUGAAGAAAGCACUGCUUCACUGCAGCAAAAGAAAGUAGGAUGGGGAGAAGAACCAUCAUCCAAUAUGCCCCCUGAUUAAUUUCCAGCAUUAAGUCUCUUCCUCCUGUGUACAAAUACAUCAGAAUGA